UCCGGGCGCUCCGGGGCGCUGCCCCCACCCGCCGGCCGCGCCGAUCGAAAGCGAAAGCGGCUCCGGGCGGGGGCGGGUCCGGGCGCAGGAGGCCCCGGCCGGGUCGGUCGCUGCGCGCCGCGGAGCCGCCCGGCAGCACCAUGGAGCGCCGCGGGGAGGAGGUGGAGCUGGAGAAGAGCGUGCGGCGGCUGCGGGAGAAGUUCUACGGGCGGGUGAGCGUGGAGGAGGCCGCGCUGCUCAUGCGGCGCUACCACAACAACCAUGCCCUGGUCUGCAAAGUCCUCGUGCUGUGCCGGGAGCAGCUGGGGGACGCAGACCCCGAGGAGCGCCGGACUCUGGAGCACGACCCGGUGGUGAAGAAAGUGGUGGAGAAACUGAAGCAAGAAGAGGAGCAACAGAAACAGAAACCCAGCCUCGACUGUGAGAACGACAAGGACAUCGAGGCCAUCGCCCAGCAGCUGCGGGUGCUGCCCCUGACGGAGAGGAACCUGCGCAUGUUCGAGCACGCCAGCCGCAACCUCAUCCCCUCGGCCGAGCGCCAGUUCGCCUGCCAGCCCUGCGACAGCGCCUGGUGGCGCCGCGUGCCCGAGAGAAAGCAGGUGCGUCUGCCGGGGCUGCGGUGGGGGGCGGGCAGGGCCGUGGCCCAGGACCCUCACUCUCUCUGGUGCCCCCCACAGGUGUCCCGGUGCCGGCUGUGUGGGAAGCGCUAUGACCCGGUGCCCUACGACAAGAUGUGGGGCACGGCCGAGUUUCACUGCCCCGGCUGCAACCGCAGCUUCAGGGGCUCAGCACAGAUGGGCAUGGCCUCUCCCUGCUUCAUCUGCGGCACCCGCGUGCUGCCCAGCCGCAUCCUCUCGCCGCGCCAGGUCGCCGGGUCCCGGAGCCGUAACCCCCACUCCUGCUACGCUGAGGACUGCUACAACCGCCGAGAGCCCCAUGUGCCCGGCACCCACUGCGUCCACCCCCGCAGUCGCUCCGAGAACAGGCUGCCCAAGGUGCUGUUCGCCAGCCUGGAGCACCAGAGCACCGGCUCCACCGUGGCCACCUGCCUGAGCCAGGGCAGCCUGGCCCACUGCGACCUGGACGAGCUCCUCCUCGAUGACCUGGCGGAGGAGAGCGAGGGCUCCGGGGACUAGCGCCCCUGCUGGCCCUGGGGCCCCUGCCCCCAGGGCUCUGUUUGCACUUUAUCCUUCUCUCAGCUUUUCUCGCCUGGCCAGGCCGACCCCGCUCCUCGGAGCAGGUGGGGGUCCUCUCUGGGGCAGGGCUGGGGCCCAUCUCUGCCCAGCCCUGGUGGAAGCCGCAUGCCGGCCUGGUGCUGCUGGGGCCCUGCGGGUGCUGGGCCUGGCACUGGAUCUUUGCCUCCCCCUUAAUUAUUCCAUGUAACUCUUACAGAACCAGGGUCUGGAGGGCCCCGGGGUCCUCUCCCCGAUCUGGGGGUCUGUGGGGAUGGAGUCAGGGCCUGGAUUUCAGGCUGAAUUCCGGCUCUUCUGUUUCUCUCUCUUUGCUGGCUCAGGCCCUGGGCUUGCAGCAUUGACCAAAGCCGAGCGGCUGGACGGGGCAAGGCCGGCUGCUCCUGGGACCAAACCAGGGCGGGCGCAGAGGGCAAUUCUCCCCGUGGCCCUGCCAGAGCCGCUGCCCUCGCCCCUUUCUGCGGCAGGCUCGGCUGGGCCAGCCCGUCUGUCCUGUGUCUGUCUGCACCGGGGGCAAGUCCCGAGCUUUAACCCCGAAGUGCCCAUCCCCUCCUGCGGCCCUGGGCCUGGGGGUUGCUGGGAGAUGCCCAUCACCGUGGUUACAGUUUCUUAGCAGCCACCGUUUUUUAAAUUGAUUCAGAAUAAAGAAGGUUUGUCACA